UCAGCGGGCUCGCUCAAAGCUUGGCCCUGGAUAUGUGAUGCGGCCCAGGGAAUCGUUCCCUCAGCCAGCGGAAGAGUCCAGGUUGAGAGUUUGAGAAGUCAAAGGCCGCAAAACUUCUUGUGCAUCAACUCGGCAGCAGGUUUGAGAUGGAGCGUGGGAGACCUGUUUGUGUUGUGAAGUAUUUGUUUCAGCUUCGGACCUGAGGAUUGCAAGUGGCCACCUGUCUAGUGAGCAUAUCAUGGCGGUGUGAGAGGUUUUGACACACUUCUCGCAGCCGGGCUCGAAUGGGCCCGGCAUUAGCUUGUCAUGGAUGGGUCCACAGGUUGUGCUGUGGGCUUUUACAAGCUGCUUGAAGCAUGGCUGCCCAACCGCUCGCCAGUGCAAGAGGAGUUUCCUCAAGUUUGCAAGAUCGCAUCCUUACUGGAGCCCGAGCUCUAUAUGGCUCAGGCAGUAAGGGCUCAUCAGCUCAAAGAGUUGCACAAGUCGACCAACGCAAGCUGUGAGCAGGUUUUGCCAACGAGUGGUAGGCAGCAUAAUCCGGCCGACUUCGACACUGGAGACCUGGUGGUCUUAGGCGAGGUGCCUGGCUCGGCCUCCGGCGCGGCCGCGGUGGUGUGUGAGAUGACGCCCUUGGACUGCCGCGUGGCGGUGCUCGACCCCUCGCGGAGCUCCAAGGUGGCAGAGACCUACGUCAAGUCCUCGGACCUGCGUUUGAUCCACCGCGACUGGCGUAUCGGCCGGCGCCACAUCAUUGGCGGUUUGCAGUCCUCACGGAUGAAGCACCUGAAUGGGCUCAGUGCCAGCGUGAGGGAACACCGAAGAUAUGGGCACCCCUGCUUCGUUCCCAAGCCGGAGUCCGACGAUCAGAAGUUACGCCUUUGCGUCCGCUGGGAGCACGAGGGCGCCAGUGGCGCAUUGCUGCUAGAGCCUCGCUUCCUCACCCCCUGUGUCGAGAGGCCCGAGGAGGAGGAGGACAAGACCUUGCUGACAGCGAAAAGACGCCUUCACCUCCAGGCAGCUGCGACCGCAGCACCUUCAAAACUUCCAGAAGCUCUUGAAGCACUUAAGACGCAGCCGCAGACACAGCCGCAGCCGCAGCCAUUGCAAGCCACCAGCGUCGCACCCAUCGAGGGCGCGAUCGAUGAAGUGGAGCCGAGGAUUUGUCACGUCUCCAAUGUGGAAAGCUUAACUCCUAUGCCUCCGAACUGCUCUGGCACCUUCCUUGGCGCACUCUCCUGGCUCGUGGGCGCGCAUACGCGGCAUGUGGAGGAAGAGUUCCCCACGGUAAUUCGUUUGUCUUCGGUGCUGGCAGCUGAUCCACAGCCUCGAGAGCAGUUAUCAUGGCUGCUGCCGAUCUCAGAGACGCCGGAGCUGGGAGAUGAUCCUGACCUCAUCUUUGAGCCCACUGAGCGGUUGCAUGGAAUCAGCGAGACCUUGGAACAAGGCGACCUGGUUCUGCUCGACCGUGGGCUCCAGCCCUCAAGGUUUGCCUCCUGUCCAGCAGUGGUGAAAGGUCUGAAUAGCUCGGGCUGUAGCGUGGCCGUGCUCGACGAGUCGCGGAGCAUCUUCAUCGGUGAGUUGCAUGUGGCCCUCUCUGACGUGGUGCUGGUGCAUUCGGAUUGGCGUUUGGGGACACGUGUAGUUCUUGGUGGUCUUCAGAGCAGUCACAUGGUGCAUUUAAAUGGUUUGUCUGCAGUCAUUUGCCCGCACAAGCGUCACGGCCAUCCAUGCUUCGUUCACAAGCCCAGCUCUCCGAACACGGGCGAGUGGCUGACCUUGUGUAUUCGCUUUGACGAGCCGAAGAAAUCGUCCAUGCACGCCGUUCUACUGGAGCCUCGAUUCCUGGUGGCGGACGGCCGGGCACGUCCACAAGCACAUCCCGGAACACCUCGCUUGGAAGGGUGUACCCCGUCCAGUGGGAGCAUCCCAAGGUCGAGUUCUUUGACAGAUCAGCUGCAUAGUGUUCCAAAACAACCGUCAGGUUGCAGAAGACCGUGGAUGAGAGCUAACAGUUACCAGGGCCCAACAAGAGUGCCGAAGCAGCCAACAGCCCCCUCGCGCCUGACGGGCACGUCGAUGUCCACUUCACCUGGCAGUUUGCUGAGGCAACUCUCUUCGCCAUCGAUGACGUCAGGUGAGUCUAGGGGAAGCUACGAGGUGCUCUCGCAGGAAGAGCUGGUGAAGGAAAUCAAGGAACUGAAGGAGUCCCUCAAGAGUCUGACAAAGGAUCAAGGACGAUUGUGAGGACUUCCAGAGGUUCGAAUUCGGCUGUACCAUGAUGUAGAGGAUCUGGGUUCGAUUUAGGUUGCAUGUCAAUUUUUCGACUCUCAGGGGUUCACAAAGGGAAGGCUUUUUGAGGUGCUUCUCAGUGCUC